GAAUCGUUGAGACCGUACACGAACUAAUAAGAAGUCCACGUUACAAAAGGGGUAGAAAGAAAAGUAGUGAACAGUGAUUAGCGAACUGGAACAUAUCAAUCAAGCUCCCCAAAACAAUUAUAAAUCAAAACAAAAUAAUUAGGGGGAUGAAGAUGAAGAUGUUAAAGGAAGAAGGGCAUUGCCGAAGCUCCCAAUCUUGAAGAACCACGCUAUGGAAGCGCGAAAACGGAACCCUUCUCCCUCUCCAGUUCGUGUUCUCAUCCGCCCUCCUCAUUCCCCUUCACCGCCGCCGCUGCCGCCGCUGCCUCCGCCUUCCUCCUCCGACCACCAACCUCCAGCUCCCCCUCGCUCCGACGGAGUCGUCGUCGUCGGCGUCAUCGCCCGCCGCCACGAUGACUCCGCCCAACUCCUCAACCGCCUCGUCGACUCUAACGUCUUCGGCUCCGGCAGCCUCGACGAGCCGCUGCUCCUCCACGAUGACGACGCCAGGGAAUGGUUUAAAAGCAGGAGAAUCAGUUAUUUCCGCGACCGCGAUAACGGGAUUCUGUUCCUGCAGUUCUGCUCCACGCGCUGUCCCGUGAUUCAUGGAUUCGAAGACCCCGCGCCGGGAUUUGAUUCUGUUGCGGAGGAGCACGAGUUCGGCGAGCUCCAGGGAACGCUUUUCAUGUUCUCUGUUUGCCAUGUUAUCGUAUAUAUUCAGGAGGGGUCACAUUUUAACACUAAGAUUUUGAGGAAUUUUCGUGUACUACAAGCAGCCAAGCAUGCUAUGGUUCCGUUCGUAAGAUCCCAAGCUACACUAUCGCAGGCUACUACGCCGCCAUUACCGUCCCGCUCACAUUCGAUGUCAUCCCCUUUGCAACCUUCCACGUCGGGAAACAGUUCUUCUUCUCCAGGUAGAGGUGGUGGUAACUUGAGUCGCAAUGCUUCGGCCAUAUCUCUCAUGUCAGGAUUAGGUUCUUAUCCUUCUUUGUUUCCAGGACAGUGCAUACCUGUCAUACUGUUUGUAUUUGUGGAUGAUUUCUCUAGUUUAUCCAAUUCAAGCACAAAUGGGGAGGACCCUUCUGAUGCCUCUUCUCUUGGUCAGUCUUCAAGUUUGAAUACAGUGGCCAAAACAAACUUGCCUGCAAAAGGUUCUGGUUCAGUAGUUGUGCUGGCACGCCCCGCAAGUCGAUCUGAAGGGGGAUUUAGGAAGAAACUACAGUCUUCACUUGAAGCACAAAUUCGUUUUCUGAUUAAGAAAUGCCGUACCUUGUCAGGUUCUGAAAUAAAUCAUUCUGGUGUGAGAGGGGCUACCCCAGUCUCUGCACCUUUGUUCUCACUUGAUGCAUCGAGAGCAGUUAUAUUGUUAGAUCAGUUUUCUAAUAAAAAAGGUGAAUCUCUUGACUUUGCCAGUGGACUUGUUGAAGAUGUGUUAAAUGGGAAAGCAACAUCCGAUUCCCUCCUGUUGGAAACCCAUGGGCAAAGUUCAAGCAAAGAAGAUUUAAUAUCUCUUAAAGAGUUCAUUUACAGGCAAGCUGAUAUUUUGAGAGGGAGAGGGGGACCAGUCAAUACCAACAGUGGCUCAGCUGCAGGUGUUGGUAUGGUUGCAGUCGCUGCUGCUGCAGCUGCUGCCUCAGCUGCAUCAGGGAAAACAUACACUACUCCGGAUCUUCCAAAUUUUGAAGUUUGGUUAACUUCUAGUAAUCAUAUUUUGAGCAGAGUUCUCUGUGCAAAAGGGGGUUGCUUGGAUGAAUUGGAAAUGAUUAAAAGAAAACCCCGGCCAAGGAACACUGCCUUACCAGUGGCAGAAGGAUCUUUGAAGGGCACAAAUACUUUUGAUGUUGCAGUAUCUUGGUUGCAAAGUGGUAGAGGGCUGAACACUAAAUUUUCGACUUCAUGGUGCCAAAAAGCCAUUCCAACUGCAAAGGAGAUUUAUUUAAAGGACUUACCUCCUUGUUAUCCUACUUCACAGCAUGAAGCCCAUUUAGAGAAGGCUUUACAUGCGUUCCACGCAAUGGUCAAAGGACCUGCAGUGCAACACUUUGCAAAAAAUUUGGAAGAGGAGUGCACUUCCAUUUGGAAAUCCGGAAGGCAAUUGUGUGAUGCUGUUAGUUUGACAGGCAAACCAUGCAUGCAUCAAAGACAUGAUGUUGAGAUUGGUAAUUUAGAUUCAGGAGAUUCACACAAGCCACAUUCCAGUGGCUAUUUUUUCCUUCAUGCGUGUGCUUGUGGACGUUCUCGACAGUUACGUCCUGAUCCCUUUGAUUUUGAAUCAGCUGAUGCUAUUUGCUUUUCUGACUGUGAUGAGCUACUUCCUGCAGUCAAACUACCAGAAGUAAAAUCUGUGGGACCUAUUCAAUCUUCUUCUUGGAGUUUGCUUCGUAUUGGGGGUGCAAGAUACUAUGAACCUUCUAAAGGCUUAAUUCAGAGUGGGUUUUGUGCCGCUCAAAAGUUUCUUUUGAAGUGGACAGUAUACCUAGAGAAACAGAAAAGACCAAAUGGGUUGACAGAGAGCACAGGAAAGCAAGAUUCUGUAAUUCCGCCACCCAAGGUUGAACAUAUUGCAGAUGCAAAGAAAACUGGAGUCAGACAACCCUAUCCAGCUGUCCUGAAUGGAGCAGAAGAUCAUAAAACAUCGUUAGAAAUUAUAAAGCCUGAUGAUAAAAAGAUAAGUUUUGGUAGAGGAAUUCCUAUGCCCAAAAUGAGAAAACCUUUUUCUGAGGUUGUUGCUGGAUCAGUGGCUGCUGAUUCAGGAUUCCCUCCUCUCCAGCAAAAGAAAUUGCCUAUAUCAGGUUCAGAGAAGGGUACAAAGCAAAGUAAUCCCAGUAAUCAGAUCGCAGAACGAGUUAAUACAGCCUCUGAUCAUCAGUUAUCUCAAAAAUCUCAAGAUAUAUCAUUUACUCAGGGACCUGUCGAUAGUAAUGGCAAUAAUAGCAACAGAGGUAGUGAUCCAUUCUUAAAGAUAGGUAGCAACGUGGUGCCUGUACACAUCAACGGUGGUGAGAGGAGCCAAUCACAUUCUUAUGCAAAGAAUGUGAUGGUGUAUGUUGGCUUUGAGCAUGAGUGCCCCCGUGGCCAUCGUUUCCUGUUAAAUGCAGACCAUCUAACCGAACUUGGAUCUUUAUAUUCUUUCUCCGAAGAAUCUCGCAGAUCUUCUUCUAUGGACCCUACUGGCAGAAAUCAGGCUUAUCAUGCUAAAGUCAGCAAGAAUGCUUCCUGGGGCAAAGUGCAUCGACGCUCAAAUGAAAUUCAUGGUGCUUUCAUAAAUAAGGAAAGAGAUGUGGUCAAAUCAAGUGAAAUGAUUGCUAACGGUGAUUUGACUUCAGAUGGACUAAUAUAUACUUCCAUUCCACCAAAUGAACACAAUUUGGCAUCUGUUGCUGAGUUGGCAAAGGCCCCAAAUCAUGCAAAAGAAUUUGGGAGGGAUCUUCAAGCUAUUAAUAUGGAUGGUGAUGAUCUUGCAUUCUCGAUGUUGAACCGCAACUUGCCUAUCUACAUGAUCUGUCCGCACUGCAGGAAUUCUAGGAAUAAGAAAGAUACACCAAAGGUUAAGUUUGCCAGUGGUAUCUCACAGCUUAAGAGAAUAUUCAUGGUUACACCUCCAUUUCCUGUGAUCCUAGCAACAUGCCCUAACAUACAAUUCGAGACAUCGUGCCUACCUAUGUCAGUUCCAGAUCGUGAACGGAAAUUGCAGUUCAACCUUGGAUGUCAAGUGAUCUUACCACCAGAGAGUUUCCUUACCCUUAAAUUACCAUUUGUGUAUGGUGUGCAGCUUGAUAAUGGAAACAAGCAUCCUCUUAACCCCUUUGAAAUACAACCAGAAAUGACUGCCUGGAUUACCAAGGGUACAGUACUGCAGAUCUUGUCCAAGGGGAUCAAUGAUGAGGGCUAUCAAACACAGUAAAAGCUUGUUAAAAUCUUUGGGUGAAAUUGCUAGAGUGAAAAGGGAACGAUGUCCAUAGCUUCUCCAAAACUCAGGACAAGAGACUUUGUGGAUGAUGAGUGUGGUCCAGGUGGAUGAAACUUGUUAGCUGCACACAUAGUAUGUACAUCAUUAUUCAGGCUCUCUCAUCUAGGUGCUGCGAAUUGGACCUACAGAAUGCUUAUAUCCCUGUGGGUGGCUUUCUAGCUUGUUCAUCCAUUCUUAUAUAAUCUCACGUGGAUUAAUGCAAAUGAACAGCGCAAAUAUUGGUGUCUCCGCAAAAUGAGUACUCAAUCAUUGGGGGUGUCUGUAUAAGCAUCAAUAAGCAGGGAAUCAGAACAGUCCAUCGAAUGGUUGAUUGCAGGAGAUACCCUCAAAUUUGUACUUGAUGCAACGGUUGAUGGCAUCAUCAACAAAGAUCUUGUACUUCAAGUCUUCAACAUGAAGCAUUGCAACUAAUGAUCAGAGACCUCGAUCCUUGUUCAUUUCAUUAAUGAAGCUGGAGAAUGGAGAUCAACAAUACAAGACAGAGCGCAUUGCUGUUUGUUGAUUUUCAUGGUGAUUAAGGCGUUGAAGUUGGCCAUUUACUGCCAUAAUUAUAUUCAUGUGUCUCCUUACUGGUUUAGGUUUAGUUUAAGGUUGUGAAAAUCAGGAUGCCACAAAUAUAGUUUGACUGGAGCAUGUGGUGCCCUUCGUGAAAGCUUUACAGUUUACACAUAAUGUAUUGCAAAUUUUUUUUUUCGGUGACUUAAUGUAUUGCAAUUUAGAUAACGUUGAAACACCGUUGGUUUAUGCUCUGCAUUCUCAAAAAAAAAAAAAAAAAAAAAAAAAGAAA